AUCGAUGACAUUUAUGAUGAGUUGGUGAUAACGAGUCCUGCGAUGACGUACUUUGUAUGGUCUGAAGAGGAAUAUAAUAAUAACACCAAUCAAACACUGGCUAAACAUUCAGCAAUAUCAUUGGCACCAGAAUUGGUAAAAGUGUCAAAAAGUGCCCUGGACCAAUAUCACAGACGAGAGUGGACUCAGACACUACUGUAUAUAUACACUUCGGGCACAACCGGCGGCAAAGUUAAGGCCGCCAUUCAAAGUGAUGGUCGAAUGAUUGGUUCAGCGGUUGGUUUAAGUCUUUUUAUGGGCAUAAAAAACAACGACAAUAUCUACAUAUCGACGCCACUGUACCACACAUUGGCCAUAAUGUUAGGCAUUAAUUUUUGUCUGAUCAACGGCACCACUAUUACAAUCGCCGACAAAUUCUCAGCCUCACAAUUCUGGUCCGACUGUGUUAGACAACAGUGCACUAUUGCUCUAUAUAUCGGUGAAAUGUGUCGGUAUUUAUUAUCGCAAACUCCCAAACCAGAGGACACCAGACAUACCAUACGGACAAUGGUUGGCAUCGGACUGAGGAAAGAGUAUUGGAAACAAUUUAAGACACGAUUUGCCAUAAAUCGCGUCAUUGAGUAUUACAGCGCUUCCGAAGCCAACCUUUUUACCAUCAAUUUUACAAACAAAGAGGGCGCGUGUGGUUUCAUACCAUGGUACUAUUUGGGUUUAGUUAAACUGCUAUAUUCCGCGUCUAUCAUACGAGUAGAUCCGAUCACUUUAGAGCCGAUCCGUAAUUCAAAGGGUGUGUGCAAAAGCAUACGCCCGGGCGGUGCGGGUGUGUUAGUCGGCAUACAUCGAGACAAUGAUGUGAUCCGAGAAUUCAAAGGCUAUACCAACGAAGAGGAGACCAAAAAGAAGCUGAUCCGUGACGUGCGAUCACGCGGUGAUUGCGGUUUUUUUACGGGCGAUAUGAUCAGAAUGGACCAUUAUGGUUAUUUGUAUUUUGUUGACCGUCUUGGUGAUACUUUCCGAUAUAAAGGAGAAAACGUGUCGACAACAGAUGUGGAGGCAGUGAUUCAAAGCUGUCUUAAUCUAAAAGACUGUAUGGUUUUCGGCGUAACCGUCGGUCAGAGCGAAGGAAAGGCAGGAAUGGCUGUAAUUAACGCCAAUCCAAAUGAAAUUGAUUUACAAGAAUUGGCGCAACAGUUGUCUCGACGGCUGCCCUCGUAUGCGAUCCCUUUGUUUAUUAAACUGACCGCCGAUAUAGAGGUUACGGGAACUUUCAAACUCAUUAAAUACAAACUUCAAAACAUGGGAUUCACCCCUCAAUCCAACGAUGAUUUCAUCGCUGUUUACGACAAAAAUAUCAAUUCAUAUAAACGGAUGACAAAUGAAAUCUAUGAAUCCAUACUAACGGGAGAAAUGCAGAUUUGAAUUAAUUAAAA